AUGAAUAAUAAAUUUUCUAUUUUUGUUAAUGGAAUAAUUUGUUGCCAGAAAGUAGUUUCACGUACGCACAUUUUAGCCAACUCGCUUGAUGGUAACACAAUAUGGAUGUGCAAAAGUGGAGAGAGAGCUUUCGGUACUUAUGGCGCAGUUACCAGGAAGAGGCAAAAGCAGAGGGAGAAAUUCUACGAAGAAAAGUACAGACAUAACCCUAACAACGUGCCCAAAUAUUCAAAGGUCAAGAAAGGCAGUAGGGGUGGGUGGAUUUAUAACCCACUCAAACAAGUGACGAAAAAUAAUGGCUCGAAUUUUAUGUAUGAACAGAAAGUAGAGGAAGAAGUUAGUACAGAAGAAAGGGAGUGCAUAAAACGUCUUAUGCAAAUGCGUAAAGAGGUUACCAAGGUGGGGGAUAUUCACUCUUACUGUGGUGGGAAAAAUGACGAGGACAGACAUCAGAUGAUCCCAUCGAAUGUGAACCUCUUCUCUAUAUGUGACAAUUUUAUCGAUAAAAAGAAAGAAAUAAUUAACCAAAUUGAGAAUCCACAGUUUUUUGUCGAUACUCAUAUAAAGAAGCUGACCAACGAGUACACCAAUAUAAACCAUCUCCACGAAGGUUUCAAUGAGAAUGGCUAUGCAAAGGCUCCAGGGUAUUUGAAAGAUGUCCGCAAGAAGAGGAGGAAUGUCUCUGGUGGGGCUCUGUGGGGCAACUGCAAGGUUGUGGAAGAUGAGGUGUGCGAAGAUAGGGGGGGACCUACCAAUCGGAUGGAAGUACCCCAAGAGGAGAGGGCGAUUGUGUACCCCCCUGAACGAUACACAUUCGGCGAAGCGUGUCAAAAAGGGGAAUCCCGUAGAGAGAACCCCUUUCCGAAGGAGGAACUGGCAACGUAUAGUCGCAUCAGGCAAGGCAAGCAAAGUAAUUUAAUAGAAGGCGGAGAUACAGAAGCUGUUAAAGAACUAGAACCUCGCCUAGAGAACAAUAUGACCCACUGCGGGAGUGACAUAAUUGAAGAAGGUGUACUCCAAAACCCCGAAGAUGAGCAAAUGUUAAAAACGCUUUACAUCGAAGACAUAUUAAAUUACGCAGAUGAAGGAGAAGAGAUCGAUAUAAGUUGCCUAGAUGUAUUUACCACGUUGAGUACAGCAGAUAGGAAUAGAAAACUGGGGUCUCUUUUUAGCAACAAGGGAGCUUCAUUCAUUCUUUAUAAUAACUGCAUAAUAGCAUCCAAGUUUUCUGAGGGUACCUUGCAGGAAUAUUUCCACACAAGAAAUGCUUGCAGUUUAUUUGAUAAAUCAUACCAACUAAUAAUAAGGUUUACUGGAAGAGAUUCCAUUUACAUAUGCAACCAGUUCCUAUCUAGUGACCUAAACGACGUGAACAUCAACGACGUUUGCUACACCUGUGUAUUGGACAACAAAGCGUACAUAAUAGAUACGGGUUAUGUACUAAAGGGGGAGAACGAAGUCGUGCUGAUUUCCUCUGGAUACUAUAAGAAGGGUCUUUAUGAAUUUUUAAGUGAUUAUAUUUUAUUUUGCAGAGACAGUGGAAUGGAUGUCCAAAUACAAGUCGAGACAAACAAGAGGGUUCUGUCUCUACAGGGGCCACUAAGCAACCUGGUCCUCAACGAUGUGCUAGACUAUUUUAACUGUGAAAAUGCAACUCAUGAGAAAAGAGGGGUUAAGUUCCUAAAAAACGUUAUAAAGGAGGACACAGAAAAAUGCCAAAAUAAUGGUUUAUACUUCCAAAGAGAAGGAAAAGAAAAGGACAAUUUUAUUAACAUCCCUUACAUGAGUUUUAAAAAAUUGAACAUGGUGAAAAAUGCAAAGCAGGUGAUAAAUGUGAGGGAGGAAAAUCCCCUCCAUGAUGAGAUGAACAGGUAUGAAAUUCUCUGCAUUCGAUGUGGAGACACAGGAGAAGAUGGAUUCGAAUUCGUUGUAGAUAAUAACAUCAGUGAUUACUACGUUGAAUUAUUCUUAAGCCAUGUAAAGGUAAAAUUAGCGGGAGCAUAUGCCUUAAAUAUGUUGAGAAUGGAAGCAGGAAUUCCCCUUUACGGUAUUGACAUUUUUAAAAACACAACUCCAAUUACUGCAUCUCUUGCUUGGACAUUAAAAUAUAAAAAAAUUAAAGAGAGAAAUAUUUUUGGGUAUCAAAAUUUGCUAAAGGAGUUCAGUGUCAAGUCUAAGUUUCUACGUAUUGGAAUAAUAUCUAAGGAGUUGAUUUUUAAGACAUGCAAAAUAUUAUCCUAUCCGUAUAAGGAACCCAUUGGUUAUGUAACCUCCUGCACAUGGAGUCCCGUUUAUGAAGAGCGAAUUGCUCAGGGGUAUAUCAAAAGGGAAUUUGCCAAAAAUAACGAAAAGGUUCUCAUAUCUAUACCUACCGACAUCCCGCAAGAAUUUUCCAAGAAGAAAAAAUAUAAAAUAUUAAGGAGCAGAUCGGCUCACAAGUUUGCGCUCGCCCAGGUGUGCGCCUUUCCGUUUGUAGAGCAUAAGUAUUAA